AUGGCCUUUGGCCGCUCAAGCCGCUCGAGAAGACCGUCUUCUCCAACUCCCCCACCGAAACCACCACGUCCGAAUCGGCCAGAGAGUGCAUCGAGGAUACCAAACAACCAUGGCCGUCCACCAUAUGCUUUACCAGCCGGAGCAUGCUCAGUCAAUACAUUUCAUACUGCGCCGGCAUUUGCCUAUCCUCACAAUGUAGCUGUGUCUAUGGCUCACCUACCGCCCCAGCCAGCACCUCAAUCGCCAUAUUCGUAUCCAGGUCCCGCGGCAAGCAGUCUGUCACUAUACCCCUCGGGUCCAGCACCAAAGCCUUCGAAGUGGAAGUCAUGUACGAAUUUAAACCAGUCGAUGACCCAUUUGGUGUCGCAUACAGUCGAAAAGACCAAUGCCACCAUUCUAGACCUCCAGAAACUGGUAAACCAGAGUCUGGGCGGUGGUGCCAACGUCAAUGAGGCUACGUCGCGGUUGUUAGAUCAAGUCAUCACCUCGAUUGACCUUGGUUCCUUCUGUGGAAGAGAAAGUGAACUCAUCGCUGCAUGUACUGUUCCAUCCAAGUCGGAUGAGAAGAAAGACCGCCGGUCAGGGAAGAAACCGACCAAGUCCGUGGAUUAUUUCUCCAAGGUGUACCUCUACGCCAAUUCGCGGUUACCGCCUCAUCUACCGCCGCUGAGAUUCUAUCCUCCAACAUACCCCCUCCUCCAACUUGCCGCCAAGUACUCGCGUCGAGUAUACGACAAACCAUCAGGACACGAACGACAUUCAUACGUGGACUCUGAUUGGCGACAAGGCACCAAAGCCAUGGUGGUCAAAUCGCUACCAAUCGACGACAUGAACACGAUCGUCUUCGCCAUCCGAGGUACGCAGAGUUUCUUAGACUGGGCCGUGAACGUGAAGACCGCACCGACCUCCCCCGCCGGGUUUUUAGACGAUCCAUCCAACAGCUGCCACUCCGGCUUCCUAUCUGUAGCCCGCAAGAUGGUCGCAGCCGUUGCAGCCCGGCUACGCAGUCUUCUCGAAGAAGAUCCCAGUCGAAUGUCCUAUUCUCUAGUCUUCACUGGCCACUCAGCAGGAGGUGCCGUCGCCAGCCUGCUAUACCUACAUCUCCUUUCCGAGUCGCCAGCCGUACAAUCUGAACUUACGCAUCUUCGCGGUUGCUUCAAACACAUCCACUGUGUGACAUUUGGUGCGCCUCCCAUCUCUCUUCGUCCGCUACAGGCCUCUCCCACGGCUCAGAAAUCAAAAUCUGUAUUCUUUGCAUUCAUCAACGAGGGUGACCCGGUAUCGCGUGCUGACAAGGGCUAUUUCCUGUCAUUGCUCGACUUGUAUGUCUCACCAGCACCGGGGUCGUUACUCACCUUGUACGAUCGGAAACGUAAAUCCGCUCCUAGGUAUUGGAGAACUCCCUCGUCUCAUCUGUCACUCGCGGGCCGGCUUAUUCUUCUGCGUCCGCGAGAUCAACUCAGUGGUCGGCCCGUGAUUGUUGCACCACCUAAUCAGGGUGGUCAUCCUGCCCUGCCGCCAUGGGAAAAUGUGGAUGCUUGCGGUAUCACAGAGCCUCAGCUGCGAGGUGUGGUAUUCGGUGAUCCUGUCAUGCAUUUUAUGGAUCUAUAUGCUCAUCGCAUCGAUGCUCUGGCCAGAGCCGCUUCGGGCAAAUGA